UACCUUACCAGACUUUUCUGGUAACCCAUUUUUACUCUGAUUUUUUCUCUCUUCUUCUUUACUUCUUCCAUGUGUGUUCACUUUUUGUCUGUUUCUUCCCUAGACAAUCUCCUUUCAUACUCCCUCUUCAUUUUUCCAACUUUGCUCCCUUUUCUUCUGUUACCACUUGCCGUGUCUCAGGCUUCAUCCUUCACUGGAGAUUUUUUUGAGCCAGUGGAAAAGAUAGUAAGCAUUUCGUCGGAAUUCGCAGGAAAACGUAGCAUGCCCUUUCUGUUCUGGAUGCACUAAGUCUGGAUGCUGUCGGGAUAUUAACCCAGUGUUGGAACAGAGGAUCGAAGCUACAGUCUUCAAACCGGUUGCAGUUUCCCCUCUGAAGAUGCCCCCUCUUCUCCAGCUCUUCCUCUUCUCGAUCUUCCCCAUGCUCCCCCAUUCUGCAUCACCACCAUUUUCAGCGCAACAGCAGCCGCAACCUAUCCCCGAUCCUUGCUAUGAUGAGAACAGCCUUCCCCGUCGCUGUGUACCUGAGUUUGUCAACGCGGCUUUUGGCAAAGAGGUGCAAGCUUCAAGCGUCUGUGGACGUCCGGCUACACGUCAAUGUGAUGCCUCAGACCCAAAACGCGCCCACCCAGCCUCUUACCUGACGGACCUCAAUACAGCGGGAAAUAUGACCUGCUGGAGAUCAGAAACCUUUCCCCGGCAUUCACAGCAGAACGUCAGUCUCACGCUUUCACUGGGGAAAAAGUUUGAGGUGACCUAUGUCAGCCUCCAAUUCUGCUCUCCUCGGCCAGAGUCUGUGGCCAUUUUCAAAUCCAUGGAUUACGGGAAGAAUUGGGUCCCAUACCAGUUCUACUCAUCCCAGUGUCGUCGGUUGUACGGAAAACCUAGCCGUGCCAGUGUCACUAAACAAAACGAGCAAGAGGCACUCUGCACAGACGGACACACAGACCUCCAUCCUCUCACUGGUGGUCUCAUAGCCUUCAGUACCCUGGAUGGACGGCCAUCUGCCCAGGACUUUGACGGUAGCCCAGUGCUCCAGGACUGGGUGACGGCUACAGAUAUCCGUGUGGUCUUCAGUUUUCCCCAUCUGCAGGGGUACAAGGACUCAGAACUGAGCAAAGACGGUCCAGGUUUCUACUAUUCCGUGGGAGAAUUCCAAGUUGGUGGUAGAUGCAAGUGCAAUGGGCAUGCAUCCCGCUGCAGCAAAGACAAAGAGGGCCGGCUUGUAUGCGAUUGCAAGCACAAUACCGAGGGACCAGAGUGUGAUCGGUGUAAGCCCUUCCAUUAUGAUCGACCAUGGCAAAGGGCCAAUGCCCGGGAGUCCAAUGAAUGCUUGGCUUGCACCUGUAACCUGCAUGCCCGCCGUUGUCGUUUUAAUAUGGAACUCUACAAGUUAUCGGGAAGGAAGAGCGGCGGGGUAUGUCUCAACUGCCGGCACAACACAGCAGGGAGGCACUGCCACUACUGCAAGGAGGGAUUCUACAGGGACGUCAGCCGCCCCAUCACCGACCGCAGGGCCUGCAAAGCCUGUGACUGCCAUCCGGUGGGAGCAGCAGGUAAGACCUGCAAUCAGACCACAGGGCAGUGCCCUUGCAAAGAUGGCGUGACUGGCCUAACUUGCAACCGCUGUGCCAAAGGAUAUCAGCAGAGCCGAUCACCCAUCGCACCCUGUAUUAAAAUCCCAGCUGUGGUCCCUACGCCCGCUCUCACCAGUACAGAAGAGCCAGCAGAUUGUGAGCAAUAUUGCAAACCUCCAAAAGGAAACUACAAGAUCAACUUGAAGAAAUACUGCAAAAAAGACUUUGUGGUCCAAGUGAACGUGUUAGAGAUGGAGAUGGUUGGAUCAUGGGCAAAGUUUACUAUCAACAUCCUCUCUGUCUACAAGUGCCGGGACGAUAGAGUAAAACGUGGGGACAACGUCUUGUGGAUCCACAUCAAAGAUUUGUCCUGCAAGUGCCCUAAGAUCCUCCUGAGCCGUAGAUAUCUGGUGAUGGGCACCAGCGAAGGCCCUGGAGAAAGACCAGGUCUGACAGCAGAUAAAAACAGCAUGGUCAUCCUUUGGAGGGAUGCAUGGACCAGACGCCUUCGGAAAUUGCAACGCAGAGAGAAGAAAGGAAAAUGCCUGAAACCAUGAGGGACAUCCUAGAAGAAGGACUUUGACACUCUGUAAAUUUAUAUAUGACCUUUAAUGCUUGGGACUAUGGACAUCUUUGGAUUUUAGCCAAAUAAGAGGCUCUAAUGGUUCAACCCAGACGAGAUCCAUUUGUGGAAGGAGACUUCUACUUCAAGACCCUUUGCUGAGGCUCACAUGCAAGCUAUGGCCGUAUUAUUAACAAUUUGUCUGUACAGUAGGUCUAACCUUCUCAUUCUCACACACUGGGAGACAAAGUCACUCAUAAUAUACCCGCUGACUAAUUAUAACCCAAAGGAAUCAUAGAUCUAUAGAGCAUAGUUCUAAUGUUAUGCCCCAAUUCCCUGGAUUAGCAGCUGCCAUCAUCCGGUGUACAAAAAAAAUCGAUUUCAGACCUCUAUGGAUUGUUCUGAUAUGGUGACCUGGCGUCACAAGACAGGAGUAUAGUCAUUUUACAUACAAAGGUCAGGAGUCUAUGAGAUGCUGAUGCCCAGAGCCCUUUUUGACCCAAUUGUAUUUCUGAUGAAAUACUUACUGCGAAAACUAAAGGACCAUGAGAAUACCUGAAAUUUCAGGGGCAUUUCUUAAGAUAAAAUACACCUCUUCUUCUAUUGAUAUGCGUUUUUAUCGACCAGAGAUGGACUACAAAGCUUUACGGAACCCUCGGUCGGUAUAAAUUGUAUAGGAGAACCGGUUUGUGAUAUGGCUGGAGUUUCAGUAACACAUUACGGACUCUCGUUUCUGACAUGGAACAUGCUUUCUGUUCUUUCAGUCUGCUCUUCAUUCAUUGACUUUAAAUUAGAAUUAUCGCUUGACCUGGAGUACAGACUCUAGGAUCUUUUAUUAUACACACAUAACAUUUUUAUGUAGCUAUGAAGACCUGCAGAGCCACACAUAGUGUCUCUGCCAAAGAACAGAGAACGUAUUUCCGGGUAAAUUCUUCCUGGCCGAGCAUCAUGCAGAACAAAAGACUGGAUCUAUGCGUGUAUGUAAAAAAUAUUAAUGUUUGUUAAACAAUGUAACAUAAGAGUUGCUAUGUUGUGUUCUGGCUAAAACCUGUUAAUGUAGCCUUUGUACAUAGGUAUGUUGUAUGUUCCCUGUGUAACAUAUGUAUACAGAUUACUUUGCUCAGUUAA